AUGUUUGGUGGAACAUCCGGAGGAACCGGAUUUAGCUUUGGUCAAAAUAAACCUGCCACCGGCGGUUUUUCGUUCGGUAACAACAAUAACAACACUGCAAAUAACACCCCCUCAACUGGUUUCAGCUUUGGUAAUAACAAUAACAAUAACAGUGCUAGUAACACUGGAAACAAUAAUUCAUCUGGGGGUUUUGGAUUUGGUGGCAGCAAUGUGGGUAACAACAACUCUGCCGGUGGUUUUGGUACUAAGCCUUUAGGUUCCACAAAUACUGUUGGCUUUGGGUCAACAAACACUAAUACUCCAAAUAGUGGUGGUUUAUUUGCCAACGCUAAUAAUAAUACCAAUACUACUAACCUCAGUAAUAAUUCAGCUGGUGGUACUGGAUUUUCAUUUGGAGGGAAUAGCAGUGUAAAUAAUAACGCUCUUUCAGGCGGUCUAUUCGGUGCUAAACCUUCGGGUACGGCGGCCACGGGUUCAACUAAUUUUAGUUUUGGUAACAACAACGCAGGGACUAACACAAAUACGUCUAUCUCUGGUGGUAAUUUUGGAUUUGGUAAUCCAUCCACAAGUGCUGCAACUGGAGGAAACGUUGCUUCUGGUGGAUUGUUCGGUAAUAAACCUUCGAAUAGUUCGGCACCUGCUUCUGGAGGUUUAUUUGGUGGGGCCAAUAGUAACUCUGCUACCACUAAUAGUGCUACUGGCAGUUUAUUUGGAGGUACAAGUAAUACUUCUAACACCAAUGGCGGUAGCCUGUUCGGUGCCAAACCUUCUGCUCCAACGGGAUCUACUGGAGUUUCAUUGUUUGGUAACAACAAUGCAUCAAGCUCUUUUGGGUUUGGUUCAAAACCUACAGUUACCAACGGUACGUUUGGUGCGAAUGGAGGAACUUCUCUUUUUGGACAACAGCAGCAACAGAACAUGUCUUUGCAACAACCGCAGGCCCCACAGAUAACUGCAAUGACAAAAGUCUCAGAUUUGCCCCCUGCACUUCAAGAAGAGCUCAAGCAAUUGGACGCACAUAUUCAAACUCAAGUAGCUAUAGCCGAAUAUUUGAAAGACCAAGAAGCUGAUCACCAAGAACUAAUAGUUAGUGUUCCAAGAGACAUUAGCUAUUUGGAGAAAAAUUAUGCUUCCACCAGUCAAGCAUUGACUUCUGACUUGAAGUUCGUUGAAACUUUCAAAAGUAAAACAUUGGAAAGUUUCAAUGAUUGGGUAGAAAAAUUAAUCAAAGUAUUCCUACAGUUGACUAAUCCAAUGUCAAAUUCCGGAAACGAUCAAAAUCAAGAUCCAGGGUCUUUGAAGGUUAUUAUAGGUGUGAGUAGUAAUAGGACUGCAUCUCCGCAAGAUCAGCAACAGCAACAGCAACAGCAGAAACAACAGAGUUCCAAAGAAACAUCUAUUAAUAUAACCUCAGUAUUGAACUCUUUUUUCAUUAAUAAAAUAGAAGAUUUUAAAGAAAACAUCAGCAGGUAUGAAUUAAUACUACAGGAAGUUGAAAACUGUAUUAGUGACUUAGAAAACUCCAACUCGAACAACAAUCAGAAAGCUGGUUUACAAAUGAUAGUGCAAACGCUACAAGAAGAAUUUAAAUUGUAUGUUGAACUAGCUAAUGAGUUUGCGGAGAUUCAUCACAACAUAAGCAAACUUGGAGACGCUAAUCAGAAGUUCUAG